AUGGCUGCUUGCGAAGCGUCAGUCCACAGGGCCGACCUGCCAAGCGACGUGUCAGCUCGCAUAGGUCGACCCCUCUCUGAUCUUCCGACGCCGAGCUGCGUGGUGGAUGUGCAUCCCAUGCGAAGCAACAUUGCUCGAAUCUAUACUCUGUACGCUUCCACUUCUGGCAGGAUCGGUAUUCGCUGGCACCUCAAGACGCACAAGACAUGGCAAGCUACAAGGGAGAUGCUGAGGCCGGCGUACGUCGAUGAGCAAGGCACCAACAGGCGUGAAACGGUAGCUUUGGCCGAGACUUGCGAUGAUGCGAGAGGGACUGAUCGAGCGAUCGUGUCCACUAUAGCAGAGCUGCAAGGACUCCUCACCGACGGCAUCGUCAAUGACGCCAAAUCGAGCAUCCUAAGUCAGGUGCUGUAUGGUCUGCCACUUUCCCCAGGUCGCAUUCCGCGACUUGCGGCCAUCAGAGCAGAGUACAAGCGUGCAUUCGGCAGCGCAGUAGAAAAAGAGAACGGCACCACCAAGGGAAAGCCGACUGAAGUUCAGAUCUUGCUGGACGAUGUGCAGCAAAUCGAAGCUCUCGAGGCGUUUGCCAAGCAACAGCAACCCAACGCUGACCAGCCUUGGCAGGCUUUUAUCAAGGUAGAUUGCGGCUACCGGUAAGUCCUUAUGCGUGCCAAGCUCUCGCGCGAUCCGCUCUUUGCUGACCCUCUUAUAAAACGUUCAAACGUCUAGUCGAGCAGGCGUCCCGUUCGAAACGAAUCAGCUCACGAACGUCUUGCACAAAGCGCUGGCUUCUCCCGCUAUCCACCUGGUGGGCUUCUAUACGCAUGCAGGUCAUUCCUACGGCUCCAGAUCCCACUCCGAUGCCUCGUCAAUGCUAUCGACCGAGAUCAAUGCCGUAUCUUCCGCAGCCAAAGAGGCGCAUUCCAUCUUACGAUCAUCCAGCUCGUCAGCUUCCAGACAUCCUAAUCAAUCGAUCGAGCAAGCUUUCACCCUAAGUGUGGGAGCCACGCCUACAUUCCAUGCGGGUAGGGACAGCACUUCUUCGGUCUGGAACAAAAUUCUCUCUUCACUGCCUCCGAGCACAUCUUUGGAGCUUCACGCGGGCAACGCACCCUUUUUGGAUCUCCAGCAGGUAGCUACGCGUCUAAACGAUCCGGACGCCAUUUCGCGCUGCGCAGUGACGGUGCUCAGCGAGAUCAUCUCCGUCUAUCCGCGACGUCGCCCACAAGUCCUGUCUUUGUCUUCUGAAGAGGCCAGCGACCAAGCCGAGCAAUCGUCCGAAGGACAUUGGGACGAAGCUCUGUGCGAUGCGGCAGGCACUGCGUUGAGCAAGGAUACGGGCCCUUUUAGCGGUCAUGGACACGUCUACUAUCCCAAAGACUUGAGAGGUUGGAAGUUGGACCGCAUAUCGCAGGAGCAUGGUGUGCUCGCUAUCAGGGAUGGACAAGUGGAGGAGUGGGAAAGGGAAUGGGGUGUGGAUGUUCAAAAGGAGAGGGGCAAGUUGAUCAAGGGAGCUCCGAGAGCGUUCAAGGUUGGCGAAAAGGUCAGAAUUGUUCCUCAACAGUGAGUAGACAGCAGCCGUUAUGCGAUGGCAAGACCUAGUCCAAUCGAGCUCUAACGCGUGCUUCCUACCUUGCACACAGCGCUUGUAUGGUAGCAGCAGCCCACGAAUUUCUCUACAUCGUCGACUCCUCGGACCAGUCAGACGGCGGUACCAUAGCGGAUGUCUGGAGACCUUGGAAAGGGUGGUAG